AUGCGCCGGAUCAAACCCCUCAUCAAACAAAACCUUUCUCCUUUUUCUUCUCCUCCCAGUAACCAUAAAUCUCACUCAUCUAUAAUCUUCGCUAGAAACAGUGUGAUUGUAUUGGGAGUUGUGUUCGUCAUCUGUUGUUUACUUCACUUUCUUGCAAGAUACCUCAUGAAGAAGAAAAGAUCGUCAUCAUCUUCAAACUCUCAUCAUCAAUCUUCAAGAUUUCAAGAAAGUAACGAUAACGAUGAUGUCGCCUACGAGAGGCAACUACAACAGCUCUUCCAUUUACAUGAUUCUGGUUUAGACCAAGCUUUCAUUGACGCUCUCCCAUUGUUUCUUUACAAAGAACUAAUGGGGUCAAAAGAGCCCUUCGAUUGUGCAGUUUGUCUUUGUGAAUUCUCAGAACAAGAUAAGCUAAGAGGUACGCUUUUUACUCCUGGAUUUUCGGUUGAAAAUCCAGUCUUCGACUUCCAUGAUGAUUCAAGGGAAGAAGAUGAUCAUGUGUUAGGGGUAUCUUGUAAUUUUAAGCAAUCUGGAGGGGGGAAUGAAAAGUGGGUGUAUCCGGUUAGACUUGGCAAGUUUAGAGCCACAAAUGGUGAGAAAAGAGAUGAGAAAGAAGUGGGGGAGACUAGUAACAGUAAUCUUGAUGCAAGAAGGUGCUUUUCAAUGGGAUCUUAUGAGUAUGUGGUGGGAAACUCGGAGUUACAGGUGAGAUUUUGCCCUAGUAGGGGUAAUAUUGGAAAAAAAUAUUUGGGUAUUGAGAAAGAUAAGGGGAAUAGCUCAGUUGACGGGGGUAGUGAUGGAAAGAAAAUUAGUAGUAGAAGCAAAGGUGAAAGCUUUUCUGUAUCCAAGAUUUGGCUUUGGUCAAAGAAAGAUCAACAUAAAUUUCAAGACUCUUUAGUACCCAUAUGA